GUCAUAUAUGAAAUGCAUGUGGGGUCAUGCAGUCCCAGGGGUGCUCGGGACCCUGCAUGCUUUCACCCUGAACCCCGUAGACGCCGGCAUUUGAGGAUGCCCAUCAAACACUAAUUCUCCAUGCUGGGCAGGCGUGCGGGGAGUGGGAGAGGGAGUGGUGUAUUUGUAGGGAGGUAAGGAGCUGUUUUACCGGGAGCCUUUCCUACUUUUGCAAGGGAUCUUUUCUACUGGAGAAAGAAAGAUUCCACUGGGUUCACUGACGCUGCGGAACCUCAGAAUCCAAGACCCGGAGAGGAUUUAUUCCAUCCAGAAAAUCUCCAAUGGCUCGUUCCUUGCUCCUCGGGACAUCACUCGUGCUCUCCCUCCUCCUCCCUUCCACUUCCUGCCUCCCUCACGCUGCCUCAUCCUCCUCCUGCACCAAAGCCCUCCUCACCGAAGCCGCAAACGCCUACCUCGUCGCUCAAACCCAAGCCUCCCUCUCCCCACUCCAACCCUACCUCUCACCAAACUGGACUUACACUGAGAACAACGUCGUCCUCACCAACCCCACCAAGGGUCUCCUCCUCCGCAAACCCCUCGCCCUCGACCACAACCGCACCAUCCACGACCUCGUCCAAUGCGCCACCUACACCGAAGCCAUCUCCACCCAGGGUCCCUACGUCUUCGGCACGCAGCUGCGCUUCUCUCCUCGCUCAGACGGUAAGAUCGUGAUCGACUCCAUCGAUACGAUCGCCAGCACGACGGGCUCGUGGCUGUUCAACGCGACCAAGACGCUGGCGUACGUGCGGCAGGAAUUGGAGGCCGGCGGGUGGAGGGAGAUAUUGCCUGAGAGUAAGAGGGAUACGAGGGAGGCGAUCAAGGCGGCGGGCGAUGCGUACUUGGAUAUGUGGAGUGAUGCGCGGGCGCACGAGAGGGUGCCUUGGGGUACGCCGUGUGUGCGGUUGGAGGGGAGUGCGUAUACGGGGAAAGGCCUCCCCACCGAUAGCUGCACGCCGGGGAUCCCGAGUAACCACUCGCAGCCGCCAAAUACGCACAGGCGGUACGUCAUUGACGAGGCCAUGGGGAGCGUGAGCAUCUUUUGCGUGUGGGAACACAUGAUGAAUGCGGCGGAUAGCCACGAGUUUCGGCUGGAGGGGGGAAAGCUGAGAUAUGUGCAUACCAUGACGGAAUGCGGUGGGAAGGUGUGUAAGCUGUAG